AUGAGAGAAGGAGAAGGAGAAGGGACCUCGUUUUUGAUCUUGAGAGGUACCAACUGAACUUAGACUGCCACACAGCCUUGAGAGCAAGGUACAGCGUCCUUACUGGUAUGGAAGUGCCCAUACCCGCCAGCUUGGGCCUCACUCCGGUGACUGAGGACCUCCCGUACAUCAAAUUUUCUGAAUGGAAAUUCAAGCUAUUCAAAGUGAGAUCCAUUGAAAAACCCUCCUCAGUAGAAACUCAGCCAAGAAAUAAGGAGAACCCACCCCCAGAGAAGUCUGUGCUGGGGAACACUUCAGCUGUCUUGGAAGAUGCAAGCGGCGCAGUACUGGACAAGCCAGCCAAGGUUCAGGCGGGACUCUGUUCUCUUCUGAAUGCCUCGGGAAAACCCACUGAUGAUGAGAAGGCAAGAGAAAUCGCAAGGCACCAGGCGAACCUGCAGCAGCUCUGCCGCAUCUGCGGAUUUUCCUUUAAAGCUGACCUCCACAAUAGGAAGCACCCUGUGCAUGGACCAGUGGAUGGGAAAACUCAAGCCCUUCUGAGAAAGAAGGAAAAGAAAGCUACUUCUUGGCCAGAACUGAUCUCCAAGGUCUUUAAGAUCGAUGUGAGAGGGGACCUGGACACAAUCCAUCCCACGCAGUUUUGCCACAACUGCUGGAGCAUCAUCCACAGGAAGUUCAGUAAUGCCCCAUGUGAGGUGUAUUUCCCAAGGAAUGCCACUAUGGCGUGGCAACCCCACACAACAGCUUGUGACCUCUGCCACCCCACGCGCCAGAAACUCAAGAGAAAGCGCUGCCAGGUAAACCAGCAGCUCAGCAAAAAACUCAAGACCGGGCCAGCUCAGGCUAAGAAAUCCCGACAGGCAAAAAGCCAAGCUCGGAAGUCAAAUGGGCACCAGAUUCUGAUGAAGAAGAUUACCAACUGCAGUAAGAUCCACCUUAGCACCAAAUAUCUGGCGGUAGACUAUCCGGCAGACUUUGUGAGAUCCAUUUCUUGCCAGAUUUGCAAGCACAUUCUGGCGGACCCGGUGGAAACCACCUGCAAGCAUGUUUUUUGCAGAUCUUGCAUUUUUAAGUGCCUCAAAGUUAUAGGCAGUCACUGCCCCUCUUGCCGGUAUCCUUGCUUUCCUACUGACCUGGAAAGCCCAGUGAAAUCCUUUCUGAAUAUUUUGAACUCCCUGGUGGUGAGAUGUCCAGCUGAAGAAUGUGACGAGGAGGUGAGCCUGGAAAAAUACAACCAUCACGCUUCGAGCCACAAGGAAACCAAAGAGACUCACGUGCACAUCAACAAAGGUGGCCGGCCCCGCCAGCAUCUCCUGUCAUUGACCCGACGAGCUCAGAAGCACCGCCUGAGAGAGCUCAAGCUUCAGGUCAAAGCUUUUGCGGACAAAGAAGAGGGAGGAGACGUGAAGGCCGUGUGCCUGACCUUGUUCCUGUUGGCGCUGAGAGCCAGGAAUGAGCACAGGCAAGCCGACGAGUUGGAAGCGAUCAUGCAAGGAAGGGGGUCAGGGCUUCAGCCAGCCGUUUGCCUCGCCAUACGCGUUAACACCUUCCUCAGCUGCAGCCAGUACCACAAGAUGUACAGGACCGUGAAAGCUAUCACUGGCAGGCAGAUCUUUCAGCCCUUACACUCCCUCCGCACUGCCGAGAAGGUCCUCUUGCCAGGUUAUCAUCCAUUCGAGUGGGAUCCACCCUUAAAAAAUGUCUCGGCCAACACCGAGGUGGGGAUCAUGGACGGGCUCUCUGGGCUGCCAGUCUCGGUGGACGACUACCCUGUAGACACCAUUGCCAAAAGGUUCCGCUACGAUGCGGCCCUAGUGUCCGCCUUGAUGGAUAUGGAGGAAGAUAUUCUGGAGGGCAUGAAAUCCCAAGACCUCGAUGACUACCUAAGUGGCCCCUUUACCGUAGUGAUCAAAGAGUCUUGCGACGGGAUGGGAGAUGUGAGUGAAAAGCACGGGAGCGGCCCGGCAGUCCCUGAAAAGGCGGUUCGCUUUUCUUUCACCGUCAUGAAUAUCACUCUGGCUUAUGAGCAAGAGAACGUAAAGAUCUUCGAAGAGGCCAAGCCCAACUCAGAGCUGUGCUGCAAACCACUCUGUCUGAUGCUGGCUGAUGAAUCGGAUCAUGAGACCCUGACAGCCAUCUUGAGCCCACUUAUAGCAGAGAGAGAGGCCAUGAAGGACAGCGAAUUGAAGCUGGAGAUGGGAGGCAUCCUGAGGUCCUUCAGAUUCAUCUUUAGGGGCACUGGCUAUGAUGAGAAACUCGUUCGGGAAGUGGAAGGUCUCGAGGCUUCUGGCUCGGUCUACAUUUGCACUCUCUGUGAUGCCACCCGCCUGGAAGCAUCUCAAAAUCUCGUCCUUCACUCCAUAACCCGGAGUCACGCUGAGAACCUGGAGCGCUAUGAAGUUUGGAGAUCCAAUCCCUUCCACGAGUCUGUGGAAGAACUGCGGGACAGGGUGAAAGGGGUUUCGGCAAAGCCAUUCAUCGAGACCGUUCCUUCCAUAGACGCACUCCACUGUGAUAUUGGCAACGCGGCCGAGUUUUAUAAGAUUUUCCAGCUGGAGAUCGGGGAGGCAUAUAAGAACCCCAACGCGUCCAAAGAGGAAAGGAAAAGAUGGCAAGCCACCCUAGACAAACACCUCCGGAAGAAGAUGAAGCUGAAGCCAAUCAUGAGGAUGAAUGGCAAUUUUGCUAGGAAGCUGAUGACCAAAGAGACAGUCGAAGCAGUCUGUGAAUUGGUUCACUGUGAAGAGAGGCAUGAAGCCCUGAGGGAGCUGAUGGACCUUUAUCUGAAGAUGAAACCAGUGUGGCGCUCAUCCUGUCCCGCCAAAGAGUGCCCGGAGUCUCUGUGCCAGUACAGUUUCAACUCACAGCGCUUUGCCGAGCUCCUGUCUACCAAGUUCAAAUACAGAUAUGAGGGCAAAAUCACUAAUUACUUCCACAAAACUCUGGCUCAUGUUCCUGAGAUCAUAGAGCGGGAUGGUUCCAUUGGGGCCUGGGCUAGUGAGGGGAAUGAGUCUGGGAACAAACUGUUCAGGCGUUUCCGAAAAAUGAAUGCCAGGCAGUCCAAGUGUUAUGAGAUGGAGGAUGUUUUGAAGCAUCACUGGUUAUAUACUUCUAAAUACCUGCAAAAGUUCAUGAACGCCCAUAAUGCCUUGAAAAGCCAAGGCUUCACUAUCAACCCAGAAUCAAGUCUCGAAGGCUCCCUUGUCUUGGAGGAUUCUCUGGAGCCCCAAGAUUCAAUGGAAUUCUAAAUAGAGAAACCUGCUGAGAGGUGAUUUUGCAAAUCAAUCUUCCUGUGGGUUGCCGUGAGGUUUAGCACAGUCUGGGGGAGCUUUGACCUUUGGGUGUCAGAGGUAAUCCCCACCGAGGAGAAGGGCUUGGUAGGUACUGGAAGCAUGGAUGGUGGAGGCUAAGGAAUCAUUAAGUAUCGGUUGGUUCUAAUUGGCGGACCCCCUAGAGAGCUCAGAAAAGGAAAGGAGGGAAUUGCUUUUUGAGGACUCGGUAGUUCAAGAUUCAAACUACAGGGUGUCAAGCUAGUAGACAGGACGUAUGUAUGCAUGGCAUGAGGGUGAAACCUAGAGGUUGCCAGAAGUCUUCCUAAACAGAUUAUCUUAAUUUGCAUCAUUAUGAUUUAUUAACCAUUCUAAAAAUGAUAGUAUAUACUUUUUAACCAUCUAUUUUUCUUAUAUUUCCUUUUUUGAUUUCUCCAUUUUAAUUUUUUUUGUUUUCCUUUUUAUUCCAUAUCCUUCCAAAUAAUUUUCAAGUUUCCUAGAUGCAGAAGCGCUGAGGCCACCAGCUCUGGGUUUUUAAGGCAGCAGACCAUUUUCAAUGCUCAUUGUCAUAAUCUCAGAGUUUUAGAAAAAUCAUCUAAAGAUGGAAAUUUUAAAAAAAGAAACACAAAGAUUCCAUAUAUUAGACCCAGAUAUUCAUUCUAUUCCUUUGGCUACAGACGUUUAGUAAGACUGACUAUAAAAGAAAGUACUGUUCAAAAAACCCCAAGCUAAUUGAGAAAUGCUAGUCUGACUGGAACCAGAGUGAUAGACUUUCGAAAUGCCCAAUGGUGCACUGCGUAAAUAUAAAAUAAAUGCAUUGCUGCAAGCUUGCUACUGAAUUUCAUUUACAGGAAACUUGCAUCAUUUCACUAAAUUUGGUUUUAAAUAUAGAGCUUCCUCUUCUGCAGUGAAUUGCUGUUCCUAUUAUCUUUGCCCACUUUCCAUGUGGUUAAAUUGGAUAGAAAACUAUAACCUUGUACUUUUUCCUCCCCGGCUUUUAGGCGGAGCUCAUCUAAACUCGUUUGACCUCUGUAUUUCUUCUGUGAGGUAUUUUAGACUCUUGAGCCCAGUUAAGAGAUAGGUAUGAAUGCACAAAUAACUACUACAGCUCAUAACCUCUGGAUUAACUUUUACUGUUUUAUUUAUGGGUUUUAUGCAUCCUUUUGGUAGAAAGUGGAAAUAAAGCUCCUAAGAGCCUGAAAAGCUUUUAGUUUCCCCAAGCCCAUUUUAGAUUAUGGGAUUUGCUGCUUGGCCCCAAUUUAUGGCAGGGAUGAAAUUUUAUGUGUUAGUGCUUCAUAAUGAUAUGUUAGUGUUAAUUAGACUUCUUUCUUUUGAUUUUAUUGGCUAUAAUUACCACUUUUUAUAUACAGUAUAUCUAAGGGAUUUGUAAUUUAGUUGUCAAAAAUGUAUCAGUGACAUUUUCUCCCCGAUUGGUGGGUGCAUUUGGCAUUGAUGCAGGAAUAAACCCUAUAUUUUUAAUAUUAUCUUUUGGGAAGCCAGCUGUUUGCACUGCUUUUUUAUAUUCACUCCAUCAAAUGGCGUUAUAAUUUAGUUGUCAAAAAUAUAUAUUUUUAACAUUAUCUUUUUGAGUCAAGCUGUUAAUAUUACUUUUUGGAAACUAUUGGGCUUCUUAAACAUUUGUCGCCAUAAAAAAAUAAUAAUAAUCCUUACAGUGUGCUCUGAAAUUGAAGAGCAAUCAAAAUACAUGGGGUAAAUGCAUACAGUGGAAUAUACUGUAUGUCUGUAGACCCUUUCUUUUAAUAGCACACUGCUGAUUUUGUCGUAUGUUUUCCCAGCAUUAAAUUCUCCUUUUUUGUACUAUUGUAGGAACUAUCUUGAAUGCUUGUGACUAAGAGCAUGAUUUAUAACUUUGCUCAUCCCAUAAUUCCCUAAUCACAUCACAUUCUGAAAAAGAACUAUUUGGUUGCAGAUACAUUUCAAUAUGCACAAAUACUGUGGAUUUUUCCUCGCUGUUGAGAUUGCAAUAUCCCAUACACUUGUUUUAUACUUGAAUUUUAUUUUUAACAAUGCCUACUGUAAAUGCAAUAACAUACUCCAGGGAAAUUCACCACACAGAACAAAGCUGCUUUCUGAAGCAUGGACUGGGACUAUCGAAGUGCAAUGCAUUAUUCUCCUGUGAAACCUUAUUCUAGACAUUACACUUCCAACCCACCAAGGUACGCUGGAGAGUCUAGGAGAGUCUAGUGAUAAUGCUUGAUGAAAAUUGAUGGAUGGUGAGUUUGAGGUCAAACAGGCUUCUGGGAUUAAUAGACAUGUACAUAGAAGCUAAAGCAGGAGGGAAAUACAGCAUUUUCUUCCAGGUGAACUGGAAUUUAGUCUUGCCUCAAUUUGCUUUUGCAAGAUUCAGUUUGUGAUAGAAAUUUCAGGUUGAAAGUUCUGAAUUCUCAUUAUGUCAAAGAGAAUUUGAAACUCCAAAUAUCGGCCAAGAAAGAUUUUGUCAGCUGCACAGCAGUCAAACUGGCAUAGAGAAGCAGCAUGGCUCAGUGGAAAGAGCACGGGCUUUGGAGUCAGAGGCCAUGGGUUCGAAUCCUGGA